AGUCGGGUGGGAACCACCACACCACACCACACGCAAGGUUAUCAAAGGCAGAGCCCCAUCCCCAGCGCGUUCUUCCCCGACCAGCUCACACCACCCAACGCCGCGCUGAACAAUGCGAUUCACUGAGCUACUACCUCGCUCUCCUUGCUGAUACACCACCGCCUCGCGACCUCGCCUCGAGAGCCCAAUGGCCGCGCGCAUGACGCGGCGCCCUGCCGUGUUCCUGCUCCUCGCCGCCGCCCUUCUCGCGGUUGCGGUACAGCCGGCGGCAGCGACGCUGCAUCCGGUGGACUACCUGGCGCUGCAGGCCGUCCGGCGCGCGCUCUCCGACCUGCCGGGCUCCGGCUUCUUCGCUUCGUGGGACUUCACCGGCGACCCCUGCGGCUUCGCGGGGGUCUCCUGCUCCGGCGAUGGCCGGGUCGUCACGCUGGCCCUCGGGGACCCGCGAGCCGGCGCGCCGGGCCUCUCGGGCGCAUUCCCCUCUGCCGCGCUCGCGCGUCUCUCCGCGCUUAGCUCGCUCUCGCUCGUCCCCGGCCGCGUAUCCGGGGGGUUAUCCUCCGCCGUCGCGGCGCUCCCGUCGCUCCGCUUCCUCGCUCUGUCUGGGAACCUCAUCUCCGGCAACCUCCCCGGAGCAUUCUCCCCUGCUCUUCGGACGGUCGAUCUCAGCAAGAACUCCUUCUCCGGCAAGAUACCCUCGUCGCUGCUCCAAAUCAGGAGUCUCCGAACGCUCGUCCUCUCCCACAACUCCCUCUCCGGCGAGAUCCCCAAGACAGUGAGUUCGCCGCUGGUCCACCUCGACCUUAGGAACAAUCGCCUAUCCGGCGGCGUACCGCCGCUCCCGAUGACGGUCGUGUACCUCAGUCUCGCUGGGAACAGGCUCUCCGGCCGCGUGGGCGGCGUCCUUCGCAGACUGACGAGGCUGUCGUUUCUUGACCUCGGCGGGAACUGGUUCUCCGGCGAGGUGCCCGGAGAAGUCUUCUCGUUCCGGAUUGGGUACCUGCAGCUGCGCAAGAAUGCCUUCUCUGGCGAGCUCCGGCCGGCGGGGUGGUUGCCUUCGGGCGCCACGGUGGACCUCAGCCACAACGCGCUAUCCGGGCGGGUGCCGGCGGAGCUGGCGAGCGCGGCCGCAGUGUACCUGAACGGGAACAAGUUUGCUGGCGCGGUGCCGGCGGAGAUUGUGGCGGCGGCGGAGGGCGGGCGCAUGCGGGUGCUCUUCCUUCAAGACAACUUCCUGACCGGCAUCAGCGUGCGCGGCGUGCCGUCGAGCGCAGCGGUAUGUGCACACUGGAACUGUGUUGCGCCGCCGCCAACCGUGGUGGCCGCGUGCCCGGCCAAGGGCGGCAGGGGCCGGCGCCGGCCGCCGGCUCAGUGCGGCGGGAGGAGGGGGUAAGGAAGGAAAUGUUUUAAGGCUUUUGGGGUGGUUUAGUGGGUAAUGAUGGUGUCAUAGCUCAUGACACAGGUGAAAAACCAAUUUUUGGUGUAUAUUUGGUGAUCUUCCUUUAGAUAUACGGCCGUAGUUUGUCAGUUGUACACGUGUAAGGUGGAUCUGGUGUGUUUCAGUGUCAGCGAUUGCGAUUUACACAGAGAAACUUUGUGCAAAGAAAUGUUCGGCCAUGCUAUGUUAUCUCUACCGAUUUGUUGCUCAA